CGACACGACGGCCCGCUCAACUCGACGCCGUCCGCUCUCUGCUGGCUGCUCUUCUCGCCAGGUACUCCGCACAUUCACGACUCCCUACGCCACACCACACACCCACCGCCGGCAUGGAAGGGGAAGAGCUGCCGUUUGGGUACACGCACAGACGAGAGAAGCGCUCGCAUGAACAAAUGGACGACGACGACGAUGAGGGCUCGGCCUCACCUGCGUGGAGAUACAACCCCUUCCCGGACAUCCACCCUCACCAAACUCAGCCGCGCUACCCCUCGGGCCUCCCGCUUAUCGAACACCACCUCCCACGCCCCGCCUACUAUGACCACGCUCAGGACGCCGCCCACAAUAACUACGAGGACCCACACGCCCGCCGCCAUCACCUCCAGCAACCCAGAAGAGCGCCUGCCUUUGAGUCUGCCUUGCGCGCAGCCCGACCUCCUAUAGAACGCGCCUCAUCAUCCACCGCCACACAACCACGCCCUGCGGGACUCCACCUUCCCAGGAUGGAAAACAUGGCUUCUUCGGCUUCAGUGCGCUUCCCCGGAGACGGCUUCGACUACCGACGGCCAGCUGGAUCAUCGAGGGAACCUGAUGUUGGAUCUGUUGACCUAACAGGGGAAGAGGAGGAUGUGGGCCCGGACUUGAGUAGGGUUGACCAAGAGGACGACAACGGUGACCACGAUAACCACGAUGACGACGACGACAUUAUCAUCGACCUCACCGCCGACGACUCUGGGUACGGAGCUAGUCAGGAUGGCAACAGCGGCCGGCAACGACACGAUCACGUUGACCAGCAAGACCCGAACCGUGCUCGUGCAAAUGGAGGACCCCGCUUACCGCGGGGCAUGGAUAUCAUAAUUGACCUCGACAAUGGUGAAGAAGAGUGGAGAAUGGCUACACCAGCUCCUGAACCAAGUUCCCCUGAUAUUGAAUUUAUUUCUUCCCGGACAAUCAAUCCCAGACGCCUACCACCACCGAAUCUUGCUGGCAACAACUCUGACGGGGACGAGGUCGAGUUUUUACGAGAAAAUGCCCUGCCAGAAGCCGAAAUUCGACGGCGCAGGACUCGGGAGCUCGACAAUGUCUUGGAUCUUUUCGGUACGCUCAACGGUCGCUUUACACAUCUUCGGGCUCAAGUCGAUCGUUUCAAUGCCCAGAUCAACCGCACCGCGGGCCGUUUCCAUGAGCCUGUUGCUCCCCACCGGAAUUCAUCCCGAGGCCAUACACAUAUCCGUUUGGGCUUCAUUGCACCUGUCAUGGACUUUGAGGGCACUGGCUUCAAUUAUGGGCAGGCAGCACGCGAAGCACCAGCACCUCCACCUACCUACGAGGCGCCACCUCAAGCACCUGAGGGCUUCACAAGGAGUCCGGAAGAGGAAGGUGCGCUCAUCUGCCCAAAUUGCGAGGAAGAGCUAUGUGUGGGUAGCGAUGAGAUUAAAAGACAGGUGUGGAUUGUCAAAGGCUGCGGUCAUGUUUACUGUGGAGAAUGCACCACGAAUCGUGCUGCUAAACGUACUGCAAAGGGCAAAGAAAGGCCGGUUAGCACUAACCCGUUCAAGACCUGUGUCGUUGAAGGCUGCGACAAGAACGUAUCAAACAAGAAAAGCAUGAUCCAGGUCUUCCUCUGAUAGUCUGAGACUCUGAACUAUGAGAACUGUACCUUUCCGCAGCGUCCUCGUUUAUUUUCCUUUUUCAGGAGGUCUCAAUUUUGGCUGAGUUAUACUUGGGAUGUUCAACGAUACCCAGGCUUGCAUUCCUAAUCUCGAUUUUCUUUGCAUCCUACAAAUCUAUCUAGGCUUUUCUACUGCGGCGUUUCUGUCAUUUGCUGCAUUGCAUACUUGGGCGUUAAGGGCUAGCAUUUCUUCUAUCAAUGCCGUAGUCAGCUCGACGAGUCUAACUAGUUUUUUCUCUCUUUUUCAGAUUCGAAUGUCACGUGGAAUGCAUGAACUUGUAUAUCGUAAUAUUUUUGUGCUAUUCAUCACACCUGAAAUAAUUUGAUGAUAAAUCACUCGGAU